UGGCAUUGUAUAAAAUCGCAAAUCGCGAAUCCAGUUCGAAAAGCAGAGGAGUGACCCUGUAAGGCUGUAACCCAUAUCACACGGAUUGAAUCAGUCUUCUUCGCCCUCGUUCUUUGACUUUAGAAUUCGUGACUCGCAAAUUCGCAGUUCACAUCUCUCCCUCUGCUUUUUAGCCGUUUCCUUUCUCGAAUUCUCCAAGGAGGGCCAGUUUCCAUCCUUCCCUUUUGGCCCUCGCCAUCAUAUCACGGGUGGCCUCCCCAAGAACUUUCCCAGAUCUCUGAAAGUCAAAAACGAAAUUCCCCUGUUCUCGUCGCCUGCCGUGUCGAUGAUCCAUCGAAAUUCUUGUUUCUUCUCCCCUCUCGGCAGCAUUGUCUUUCUAAUGGGUAAUUCAGUGCAGAGAAACAGAGUGUCCAACUGGGCCGGAUGGGAUCGAUUCUGAUUGGCUUCAGUGCAUCAGAAUUACAGAGAUCAUUUGAGGGAACCAAACUUUGAAGUUCGAUUUUCGCCUGUUUUCCGGGUGUGCGCGAUGGGUUGUGCCAGCUCGAAGCAAAAGCGAUGUCGGCACUGCAACACGCCAUACUCGCCUGUGCGUCGGAGCUAUUCGAUCCACGGCGAUCAUCUGCCUCAGAGAGAUGAUAGCUACCAUCUUGUUGCUCUUAAAUCCAGCACGCUCGGUUCUCUCAUGCUUGACCCUUCUUAUCAGAUCACCGACCACGUGGAGAAGGUGAUGGUGAGCGAUGGUGCUGAUCACAAGAUGUGCAAUGGGAAAAAUGGUGUCAUUGAAAACGGGGUGAAGGAGUUUGCAAUGGGACUGAUCGAGGCCAAGACUUGGUCGAACAUGAUCGAAGAGAAAAUCCCGAAAGUCGUCCCAAAAACACCAAUUAGGACUCCGCCCGGCGAGCCGGAGACGAUCAAUACGUGGGAGCUGAUGGAAGGCCUGGAGGACACAAGCCCUUUCCGGUCGCCGAAUCACAUAAGGAGCUUUUCUUUCGAUGUGGUCAGGAGUCCAGUUCAUGCCCCGACGGAUUGUCCUAAAUCGAGGUUUCAAGAGGAUGUUGCGGUUUCCUCGAAGCCCAUGUGGCUGCAAAUGGCUGAUGGCAACGGAUUGGACUCCGAGGCUGUGGUUGUGGGUUUCGAUCCUGAAGUCAUUUCCACUUUCAGGAAGUCACUUGAAGAGCUCUCGCCUGAUCAUCCGUUUCAUAUGCAGUCAUUGGAUAAUCAGGAGCGACCGUCCAUGGCCGGCCAUGAUUUAUUGCCUAAGGAAGCCACUGAAACUGAAAUAGCAAAUGGGACUGACCACAAGGGUUGGCCAUGUGGAAAGGAGAAGGUGAUCGUCUACUUUACGAGUCUUCGAGGGGUCAGGAAGACAUACGAGGAUUGCUGUCAUGUUAGAGUCAUCUUGAAAGGCAUCGGUGUCCGUAUUGACGAGCGAGACAUGUCAAUGCAUUCCGGUUUUAAGGAAGAAUUGAGAGAGCUGUUGGGUGAUGGGGCCUGUGGGGGUGGAUUGCCGAGGGUGUUUGUGGGAAGCAAGUACAUUGGCGGAGCCGAGGAAAUCCGGCGUAUGCACGAAGAAGGACAGCUUGAGAAAUUUCUCGAGAACUGCAAAAUGGUGGAUGAUGGUGGCAGUGGCAAUGGAAACAAUGGUGCCUGUGAAGCAUGCGGCGAUAUUAGGUUUGUGCCUUGUGAGAGGUGUUCCGGAAGUUGCAAGAUAUAUUACGACGGCACCAGUGAAGAAGAGGCAGAAGAAGAGGGAGACGAGUACGGGUUCCAACGUUGCCCGGAUUGUAAUGAGAACGGUCUUAUACGCUGUCCAAUAUGUUGCUAUUAGCUUCGGGUGGCGAUGGCAACGUAUUGCCCCACGCAUAUUUGCAAAUUUUGGGUGUUCUUUGUUUGAGUGAAUUCUUGUACAGAGAGAAGACGAUAGUUUUUUAAGGGAGAUUACACGAGGAAAAAAUUGUUAUAGAAGUUGAUCUUCAAAU